AACUGACCAAUCAAAUUCCAGGCGCUCUGACAGCUGACCAAUCAGAGAAGGUUUUGCGUUCUGCUGCGAGCUUUAUAUUUCCGGGGCUGCUUUAGGAAUGUAAACUAUUCAACAUGGAGACAGUUGAUAAGCUAGAGGCGAUGUUCCAGAAAGCAGAAGCUGAUAUAGAAUAUGUGGAAAAGCGGCUGAAAUUUGACUUCAUGGCAAAUGCGCGUGAAGCGGGCUCGUUUGAGGGAAACCCUGUUCAGUUGCUGGAGAACCUGACGGCGAUCAAAGCGCGCCAUGCGGCCCUGUGCGCUCAGGUGGAGGAGAUCGCAGCGGAACAGAAACGAUCCAUGGACUCCAUACGAGCUCACUUGGAUACGACAGUACAGCUGGUUGAACAGCUGCAGAACACGGCAGAUGUGCAGGUUCCGCCACUGACAGAAGAAGAACAAGAAGCAAGAGAUGCUCUCUGCUCAGCCGUUGCCACUUUAAAUGUAGAGGCCGUGCCGACAUCAGAACCUCAAACUCAAGCACAGUCUGAAUCAAAGAACACGCAUGAAGAGGUGUCUGAGGGGACAUUUGAGACUGUCCCGCGGAGUGUACGUGGUAACUUGAAGCUGAAUGACCUCAACAUGCUCUAUAAGCAGUUAUCCGAGUACUUCUCAGAUAAGAACAGGGGGCCAAUAAGCACUCAGAGGAUGAAGAAGUUGAACAUGAAAGUCAGUGAUUCUGCAAUGAAGACCUUACAGCACCUUAAACUCGUUGAGCUGGAUAAGAAAGGACUUGUGUCAUUGCUGGCAAGAAACUGAGAAACAAAAUAGAUGCAACCCCAUCAAAAUGUGUAAAGCCUCCAAUAACUUCCACAUGUGUUAUAGUAAAACCCCUCUACGUACACUUGGAUUGGUUUAACAGUUUAGAACAGUAAUGAUGGAGUACAUUUCAGAAACAUUUGUCCAUAAAGUUCAGUAUAUCCAUUAAUUGGGAUUGCAUACAAAAGAAACUAACUUUUAUCAGUCUUUUUAAGGAAUAAACUUAAUUCUGGCUGUUAUUUUUUUUUUUUGUCCCAUUCCUUCUGCAUAAUGUUAUGCUGCUGUAUUAAAUUAUAUCAUGACCUGUUGAGGAAUCAAUAGAUUUGUACAAGAAAGAAACUGUACAGCAUAAGAGUUUAUAUUUUUUGUAAAGUUAAACAGGUGUUUAUGUGACUUCAGAUAGACAAGAUCUCAGUAAAGCAAAGGAGACUGUAUUUGAAUGUAAGAUUCAGUAUAUUCUUCUUUUUUUUUUUUUUGUAUGCAAUAAAAUGUCUUUUUUAUA